AUGCGUGCCGCCAAGGUGCCUCACGCUCGCGAUCUCUCGUCCGAGUAUGUCGUCACGCAGAUCAAGGCGCAGAUGGCUGAGCAGUGCGCAAUCGAAGUCGAGGCCACCAAAGCGCUCUACACCGAUCAACUCGUCGACGAGCGGCGGCGCUGCCAGCAAACCCUCGAAGACCGAGAGAAGCGGGCAGAGGUCUUUUGCGAUAGCUUGCGCUCCAAGUACGAAGAGCUCAUGCUGCGGCAGGAGUCGACGCACCAAGCGCAGCUGCUCGAGAUGAAGACGGCAAUGGAGCACCUCGUCGCGACACAUGUGCCGCUUGUCGAUCACGAACGGCUCCUUCGCGACGCCAAAGCAGCAGCACAGCAGACGGCGGAGACCCAGCGACAUACAGCAGAGCUGGACCGUGCCUCGGCGCUGACGGCGGCGUUGGACGCGCAGCGCCGGGAUCUCGAGGCAAAGCAUGCAAGCGCGCUCAGUAGCGUGCAGCAGCAGUUGCGCGAGUGCCAAGUGACCAACAUCAACCUGACGCGGAUGCUCCACCUCAAAGACAAAGAGUUCGAGAAGCAAUCCAAGGCGCUGCAGGAGGAGCGCAUGCUCCGGGCCAAGAAAGAAGUAGCGCUCCAGGAGUCCUGUCGCCACUUGCUCACGCUGCGCAACCACGGCAAGGCCGCCACUGCAGCGCUGCGAGAAUCGAAGAAGCUCGCGUCGGCACUGCGCCAUGACGUCGCAGCGGCGCAGCAGCUCGUCGCCAAAGGCAACGCAGACUUGGUGCAGGCCACGACAGCGCACGCAGGAACGAUCAAGUGCCUGGAACAGGAGCUGUUGCAUGUUCGGCAGCUCUUUGACCUCGACAAGGCCGCGUGGAAAGCAUCAGAUGAGAAGGCCCACGAGAAGAUUGCAAGUUUGAAGGAAGCUCUGGGAGAAAAGACACGACAGUUGGUCGAGACGCAGCUACUCACGCAGCUUGACGCGCAGCGGGCGGAGCAGUUGAAGUUCAACUACGAGGCUGACAUUAGUCGCGCCAAGAGUGCCCAUGACGAGGCCAAAGCGGCGCUCAGCGCCAUGGGUGCCUCCAAGACAGAGCUCGAAGAACUCGUUCGUCGCUUGCAGCAGCAGACCCAAGUGCUCGAGGAGCGCAUGGCGACCGCCGCCGCCGCCAAGGAACAGAUGGAGGCCGUUGCGCGCGCGACGCACGCAGCGCUCGCGCAAAAGGUACAAGCCAUCGACGCCGCGCGCACGCAUUUGGCGGCAGAGAACACGGCGUUAAAGCAAGAGCUGCGCAUGGAGCAGCAGCUACUCAAGCGCCCCUAG